UGUGCGAAUCUAAAGCUGUAGCGGCAGAGACGUGCGGCGCGCGCAAUUCUCAUUAAUUCGCCAAACGCCGUGUAAUCAGCACGCCGAUAGCUACCCCGUGCGUGCGAGGGUCGAUCCGCCGCCGUUGUCGUUAUUGUUAUCAUUAUUAUUUUUCACUAUUAGUGAUCUUAUAUUAUCACGUCGGAAACAACGGUACAUACGUCGAAGCAGAAAACUCUCGUCACCGCAAUUCAAUAGACAACUUCAAACGCAUUACAGACCGAUUCAUGGACCAGAGGUGACUAGAAGCGCUCUCUGGGCCGACGAUUUACGAACUACAUAUUUUACCAUAUGUGGUCUGAUACUGAUACCUGUGAACUUAAAAGUGCUCAAGUGACGGACAAAUUCAGAGAAUUUUAGCUACAGAAGUCGAAAUUACUAGCGGUACAGCGGCGAUCUUGAGAAGCGUUCCCGAUAUCAAAUAAAAUUAUUUCAACGAAGGAAAUUAUAUUGGAUGAGAGCUCUGGUAGACAAGAGUGCGGGUGGAUCCCAUGGUGCAGAUGGAAUUGAACAGACAUCAACCGCCAAAGCAGCGGGUUACCGAACGAACGGAAACGAUAAUGCAGAUGAUAUUGAUGACCAUGGAGUGCAGGUGUUGACCGUUUACAUGAUAUCCGACAACGAUGUCAGCGAGUCCGUGUCGUCAUCGGGUAGCGGUUGCCCGAGUCCGGUGUCGGCGAGUAAGACGCGACGUACGACAGAGGCCACGACCGCUAAGGGCAUACUGGUACACAACAAGAAAUCGACCAACACGAACCGCGUGAGUUUUGUCACUCAAAAUCCGUCGUCGUUAUUGUCGCCGUCGUUUCCGUCGGCCAAACGGUUCAAGAAAAAACAGCUGCCACUACCGCAGCAGUCCGAUAGCGACGACCACAUACCGUACUAUUUUCAGACCGGCAGACAGCUCACGGGUUUUGGUGUCAAGAGUUAUUUGCACGAGUUCUACGACGAUCCCGAGGACCCUUUGCCGUUUCAGGACGAAGACGACGAUUUCAAAUAUUGCGUGGAACCGGAGAUCCGCUGGCGCAGGCAUUGCAGUGGUGUGUACACGGUACUGGGAUUCGCUAUCAUUACGUUGGGAGCAGUUGCGAUGGCCGUGGGCCACUUGGUACCGGCCAAAGACCCGAUGAUCAACCGGUCGGCCAACGUGAUGAUGAUCGACCGAAGGGCAGUGACGUUCAACGAAAAUCUGGCCUUGUGUCGUUUUGUCGGUUCGAUGUUGUUCGCCGUCGGUGUGGUGUUCACCGUCGUCCGGUUCUGGAUGUCCGUGAUCAGGAGUGGCAGAGGCAUUGGUGACGGCGGCAGUGGCGGUCAGGCAAUGUUCAAGAAGAAAAAACUCGACGUCGACGAGGAACGGCCAUCCGUCGAGCAGUGUCAGCAGCGGCGACCGGCGCAAACGUCCGUCCGAAUACCCGUCACAGGGUCCGUGGAGAACGUGCAACCCGACCCGCGGGCCAUAAACCUAAAAUUCGGUGACACGAGUAGUUAAGAAAUAAAAAAAAUAAAUAAAAAAUCGUACGACAAGUUAUCAUACUAUACAUAUACAUAAAUAUUAUUAUUAUCAUUAUUAUUACUAAACCGAGUAACUAUUUAUUCUCUAAUCAAUUUAUUAUUAUCAAUACAUAAUAAUAUUGUUGUUGUUGUUAUAAGUUUUUCGAGGUUCCCUUAUUGUACGUCCUUUCAACCAUUCUUUCUAUCCGAACGUCAAAUGCUCCUCGUAAACGUACACGUAAGCUAUCUGUAAUAUUUUUUGGAUAGAUUGAUAUUUUUAUUAUCUGUUUAGGUCGAGACAAAAAAAAAAAAAAAAAUAGAGGGAAAAAUUUGAAAAAAAAAGAUAUCCGGUAAAGUAAAGAUAUAUCAAAAGGAAAUGAAAGGUAAUAGGUGCUAAAAAA